CGACCGCAACCGUUGAGACCGUUGUCCACUGAGGGCUCUCAGAUCCCCGGAGAGACUGAAGAAGAUGGUCUGCUGCGCCGCGAGUAUGUACUCGUAGAUGACACGAGAGCCGUCGAAUUCAACCGGGCUUCUGACAUCACAUUCCCUCCGCCGCCUAAUUUCAACAGUCCUCCCUUGUCAUCUUCGCCCACCAGCGCUGCGUCGCGUGCGGCAACGAAUGCCCUCAGUAGGGCCUUGAGUAUCGCAUCGAAGAAGCUGUUCGGUGGGAACGGGUCACCGAGGUCUCGCACGUCGCAGGACUAUUCGCCGUCCACUUCUUCUCCACGGCGGCGGGAGAUCAUUCUGGCACGAAGUCCUGAUGAUGGUGGCGUACGCGACCCUCUAGAGGAGAAGAUCCUAUCACAGUUGGACGAUCUCGCACAGAAGACGGAUGUUCUGACCCGAUGGGCAGACGAGCUCUACGAAUAUGUGAAGGGAGUUCCUCAGAAGCCUUUGCCGGACCCUAACAAGUUCGUGAAGCGCGAGGGCGAAGCUGAGAGGAAUGCAGCUAAACGGAGGAAUGCGGACCUCGAAGCUGAGAAUAACGCCAUCACAUGCAUUGCCGUAUACAUGCUGGUCAUGUCGUUCUCGCAGAAGGGCAUUGACCAGCUGCGCAACUACCAAGAGCAUAUGAAGAUGCGGGAUCCGGACGGGGAGUUCCUGGUUAGCGAAGGCUUUUUAGACGUUCGUUGCUUCCGUGUUGGAUCAUGUCGCUCACUUGCAUUUUCCACAGCUCUGACAUGGUUCAAGGAUAGUUUCGUCCGAUGUAAUGACCGUGCUACGCUGGUUAAAACAUGGCUGCCGGUGCAGUACGACGGCCCUCGGAUGUGGCUCGACCAUCUAGUGUAUGACAGGGCCUUACAGCUUAGCCGGACGGCUGCCAGGAAAGAGCUGCUGGAUCAGGCAUCUACUCCGGACGAAUGCAAGCAGCUAUAUGAAGAGUCAAUAUGGCUGUUGUACACUCUACAGGACGACCUGCUACAGAGCGGAAAUCCCUUCGUUGAAGAAGAUCGGGCAACUGUGGCGACUUGGAUCACGAGGACUAAGCUUCGCCUGCACCGCUGCCAGGAUCGCAUGAGAAUGAACGAUCAUGACAGACUCCAGGACGCCCGAGCCGAUCAGAACCUGGACGACGUCACCCGGAUCCCUCCUCCUUGGGAGCCCUCGGCGAAUCAGGGUCCUUCUAGCUCUUAG